AUGGCGACCCUGUACCAAGCUAUUUUCUUCGCAACAAUGGCCUCGGCAGCUACAGCCCAUAUCAAAGGGCCGGCACUGGGCAACAUCACCGCCAAGCUGUCUGAGGUGGAGAACGCUCUCUCCCACGUUCUUCCUCAGAGCAAGGCAGAGGGCCGAGAGCAGGAGAAAGACAUAGAGGCGCUCCGGGCCACAGUCGCUGCUCUCAAUGCUACCGUCAACUCUUUCACGGUGUGGCUCUGCGACUUCAAUGCCAGCUUCGACGGCUGCAUCUAUUCAACAUGCGACUCCACAGGACCCACUGGCGCAACAGGCACUGCAGGGCCCACAGGCGGCACUGGAGCGACGGGCAACACCGGCGCAACUGGACAGACUGGCCCCACCGGCCCAACUGGCCCCACAGCGUGCCACCUGGGCGGCGGCAACAUCGUGACUAACGGCGCCUUUGAGAGCAGCACCUUCCUCCCCGGCUGGGUGCCCUCCACCCCCCUAGAUGACGGACAGCAGUUUGUCAGCAGCCUAUUCAGCAUCAAGACCGACGGGCCGACCGCCCCUCCAAGCUCGCCGCGGCUGCCGGCCACCGGCCUGCCAGCGCAGUACAACAACACGAACACAACCUUCGCAGCUUUCACCGGGACAGAUGCUGGCAUCUACAGCAGCAUCAGCCAGAACCUGACAACCGUGCCGGGAUGCAACUACCUGCUCUCCUUCUACCUCAUUACCACCAAGGCAAGGAGCGUCGGCCGCAGCGCCCCGCCGAUAACGGUCGCCUCCAACGCCAAUUUUGGCGUCUCUGUGGACGGCGAUUUUGUUGCCGUGAGCGGCAGUUACAUCAACCCCAACACCGGAAACCCCACUGCUCUCGACCUUCCAUGCGUCAAUUGCCCCCUGUACCUCACACCCUGGGCGCCCUUUCAGGGCACUUUCACUGCGUACGAGCCUGUCACCACCCUGUCAUUUGUGGGGUUCAACGAACGGGACUUCUUUGGCUUCACGCUUGUGUCAGUCACCAGCAUCUGA